AUGACUGACGAAGAUCAGCUGAUAGAGGAAGCAAAGAAACUCCCGAUUCCUGAACAGGUUUGCCAUAAACUUUGGCGUGUUCGCGAGGCAGCCUUGCGAAAGGUACGAGAGGCGAUUGCCAACGGUAGCACGGCGCCGAGUGCCUCUGAUGCGAACCUGCUUGCAGGGGCAGUUCGGGAUGCGAAUGCAGCAGUGCAACUCGCUGCACUUGAUGCUGUGGUUGCACUAUGUGAUGCUUGUGCGGAUGACGCGACUGCUAGUGCGGUACUGCGGAAAACCGGUGCCGCUGCGGCUAUUGCUCGAGGCAUAGCCGAAAAGUGCCUUGCGGGGCGGCCCCAGAACCGAGCAAGAGCCCUUGACGCUGCUUUGGGGCUCGUUUCCUGCGAUGCCGGUGAUGACCUAGUCACCGUUCUUUGCGACGUGGGCUAUGAAAACCGGUUACCAAAAGUGGUAUCUGCAGCAGCUGAUAUCCUGCGGACAUGCAUCAGGGAGUUCGGUUGUGGUAGCAACGGCGAAGCUGCGAUUUCUGCGAACGCAGCAAGCAAAGGGCUCGACAAGCUCCUCGACCAUUCCAAUCAGGAAGUUCGAUCAGCCGGCAAAGCACUGCUUCUUGAAAUCUACUCAUGGCUGGGACAAUCCUUCCUAGAGCGCAUCUUAAAGCAAGUGGACAUCAAACCAGUCAUGAAGGCGGAGCUCACCGAGGCCUGUCGGAACCUAGCGGAGCACGCCACCCAUGUUCCAGGCCAGAAGCGAAAGCCGCCGCGUCUAACGCGUCGCCUGGAACGAACGCAAAGAGUCAGGUCACAGCAACCGCGGGAGGAGAGCGCAGGUGCACCUCGCGCUUCGACCAAGGCGAUACCCGAAAGGGACCCUUCUCUGGCCUGUAGGGCGGACGCUGAUCCGGGUGUAUGCAUCGGUAGCCUCGUAGACGCGGUACAGGUUCGGGUGGAUGCAGAGGAUGAAGGUAAGUCACAACAGACACUGGACUUUUUUCAGGCUUUAGGUCAUCAAAAAUGGAGUGUACGUAAGAGUGCUUUGGAUAACUUUUUGGAGAAGCUGCAGGCAGCCUCGCAUAUUGACACCACUCGAGGAAGCCAGUUAGCCGCAGAGAUUCAGAGACUGAUCGGAAAAGACGCGAAUGUUGCGGUAGCAACAGCGGCCGCACGCGUCAUCGCUCAGUUGGCGACCAAGUCGGACAAGAACUUCCGUGCAUACGGCAAAAUGCUCGCUAUCGUAGCCCUGAGUCGCCUCAAGGAGAAGAAUCGCAUUCUGGUAGAGGCGUUGCGCGCGGCUUUGGAUGCUCUGGCAGCAAGCAGAGCUGUUGAGUUUUCCGAAGUGACUCCAGCAAUCAUAGAAGCUGCAACUGCAAAAGUGCCUGGGAGCCGCACCAUCGCACUGCAAUGGUGUUCCCGACUCAUUCGCCAAUGUAGCGCCCAAGACUUGCGUCCGGCGCUGCGCGAGCUCAAACUGAUGCUUGCGCAGACCACGGCUGAUGCCGCUGCAGAUGUACGGGAGGCAGCUCUCGAGUGCGUCGCACUAUUGCAAGUUCAAUGUGGCACGAACGCCGUUUCGUCGCUUAUCGAAGGUCUCGAGAAGAGCAAGUUGGACAAGAUUCAGAAAAUUGUGGCAGAUGAAAGCAAAGAGCUGCGUGCCAAACCUGCAUCUCCUGCACAACAAGUGUCUAGCGCGCAGCCCGGGCGAAAACCGAAUGCUGCAUCUUACCUCUCCAGUAGUAUCAUCGAGGACUCCUUUGCAGUGCCGCCGAAACGCCCUGGCAAGAUGGACGCUCCGGUAUCAGCAGCAGCAGCAGCAGGAGCAGCAGCAGCGCAUGACGCUCACGAACGGAUAGCGUCAACGGCUGGGGCGGGCCCUGAGCGAAUGCUUCGCAAGGCAUCGGAUGGAGAAGGCAUCGUGCUGGCUGACGCAGCCGCGGGAUCCCGCAGAACACCGAUCGCAAAGGACAUGCUCGUAGCUGGGAACGAUGAGGACCAUUCAAGUGUAUACUCGGGGGCGCUCCUAGAACAGGAAUGCAAGGCGCUUGAGCAACUCGUGGAACAAGCGGUUGAAUCCGAUGAUCACGGAGCGCUUGGACGAUGUCGAGCGCUCGUGCAACGAAUACAUACGACGAUUGCGCAGUGUCCGCAGACAAGUCUUCGUACUGCACGUGUCGCUUCCCUUGCGGAAACGAUUGCCUAUUUGUUGAUUCAGGCACCCGGCCUGACCGAGUGCUCCCAGCUUCUACUCGAACUAGCGAGCUUGGGGACGCCCGCUCUUGUGUUCGCCUGUUUCGAACGAGUAUGCAGGGAUAUUCCGGAUUUACGUGCUCGAAUCUUGGCGUUGGAAUUCAUUCAGUACCAGCUGGUAGAGCGUUUCGGAAUGGACUCGUUGCCCAUGGGAGCUGUGCUCGACAUGACCAGACCGCUGCUUCCGGAGCAGCCACCAGCUUGUGCUGAUGUUGUUUUGCGAGUCAUUGCUUCGCUUGUACGAAGCAAAUAUGGCACUGAGAUGCAGCGCGGACUCGUCGAACUCGGUAUUCCUGCCGCUUAUCGGGCACAACUGGAACAUUUGGAUCAGGAAAAUGCCGCACCAUCAGUGGUGAACUGCAACGGUCCCAUGAGCGGUGAUGUCGAAAAAUCUGGUGCAGGUUCUGAGCAGAAUCCGCUCAAGUCGGUACGCGGGUCGCGCUACACGAACUGCACCAUGUCCAGCAUGCCAACGAAUUGUGGUUCGACUGCUUGGUCAUCACCCGCUGAACGGCACUCUGGCACCACAAGGACGCUCGUGUUGGAUCGGAUCCAGCCCGUGCUUCGAAACCUGGAGAGCGCGAACUGGAAACUACGCCAAGAGGCUCUCCAGGAUUUACUUCGAAAGCUCGCCGAGCCGGAUCUUGUGGUGGAUAUUCGCACCAUCUCGCCUGAGCUACUCAAAGCACUAGCCAGUCGCAUUGCGGAUACAAACCGUAACCUCGGGGUAUGCGCGCUGAACGUGCUCACGCACCUGGGCGAAGCAACGGUGGAAAGUAUGAAGACGCAACGACUACCCGGAGCGGAUGACUCGAUUCUACGCCUGUUUCUGGGUUCCGUCAUUCAGCAUGGAGUCAACGACAACAAGAGAAUGGUACGCGAGGCAGCUUUACAGUGCAUGAGCGCGUGGUAUCCUGCUGUAGAACGUGAUAACACAGAUAGCAGGCCAAGCUUCGCGCGCUACAUCGCAGCAGCGUUGAGCCUCGAGCUGCCCGCCGCUCGUCUCGAGACACUGCAGUGGCUAUGUGAACGCUGGUCUCGCGGCGCUGAGCAGAGAACACCCUCUGAGGCAGAAGCUCGCCUCGUGCUGGAGCCGGUCCUGCUCUGCUUUCGCGAUAAAAAUGGCCACGUGAGACAGCUCGCAGAGCGACUUGUUGAAGUUAUCGUUCGGCUCAUUGGGUACGCUCCAAUCGCAGCUCAAAUUCGGGAUAUCAGCAACGAACAAGUUCGCAAAGACGUUCUCACCAGAACUGAAAAGUUUCGGAGCAUGUCACCGGCACGAUCGAAUCGCUCCAUUGUGUCGUCUCCGCAGGCGUCCCCGGGGGGUGCAUCGGCCCCGCAGACACCUGCAUCCGAUGUCUCUGAGCGACGUUUGCAUGCGGAGCAGGCAGACACCCUGAAUGCUGGUGAUGGCAGCCCAUUGGGAGCAGUCCCGGUCAGCAGGGACGCCUUCCAACUCGACGCCGACAUGCAACACAGUGAUACCCAAUUUGCUGCGAUGCUCGCUCGGGCCAAAGCAGACACCGCUGUGGUGGUAGGUACGGGCACAGCGGCCUUGGACUCGCAGGUGCCAACCGGGCGGAGGCCCGUGCAGCCACCAAUCGAUGGAUUGAGCGAGCCUCGAGCGCUGUCUGCAGUGCCGUCCCUGCAGCUGCCCCCAGAGCGCGCCAUCCGUCUCGAUGAGACGGCAAACAGGCACACCAGCUUCGAGCCGCCGAUCGCACCGACCCCGUGCCUCCCGGAAGGUCGUUUUUGGAGACGUACCGCAGUGCCCGCCGCUGGCGCAGGCGUCACCGCAACAGCAGUCGCUGCUUCUGGUGCUGCUGCUUCUGGCGCUGCUGCUGCUGCGGAUUCCGCCGAGCAGCAGGUCCGACGACUCAGCCAUACGCUGCUCGGCGAGUCAGCGUCGGCAGAGGAACGAAUUCAGGCGGCCAAGGAGCUUUCAGCGAUGAUGAAAGCAGGUCAGGAACGCUCACUCCAGCAUCACGCUGCAGACCUGUGCCUCGGUCUGACGCAAGGCAUACGGUCGGUGCUGGCUGCAGCAGCCGAGGCAUCGCCAGUCGACGCUGCUGGAAUGCGCAUCGUCAAGUACUUACUCAACGCGCUCAUGCACUUGAUCAUGAAACGAGAACUCGCUUGCCUGCUCUCUCUCGCGGCGCUGGAGCUACUCAUCACUGAAGUCUGUGAUCGCCUUCUUGAUCAUCGAGUACCCGCGUAUCCUGAGGGACCCCAGCUACUCCGCGCCUACAACUUGCUCAUGCUGAAGACGCUGGAGCACGCGCCCGUGCUUGUAUUAAGCAGAGCGCUGGUUCGGGCGCUUCGUGCGGCGGUGCGCUCCGUCCAGACAGUGCCCGUGUCACAAGCGCCAACGUCCUCGAAAGAAACCACGCCCAGCCGCAUCGUCAUGCUGCAAAAGUGUUUACAUCGCCUUUGCAACCAGGUGCUCACAAGUGGCCCGAAUACUGAAAAAACUGUCACUGGUGCGACCUCGCCUUUACUGGAAACACACUUGGACCUGCUUCUCUACGAACUGCACGUACUGUUUACGAUGUGUGCCACUUUGCCGGCAGAUCGGGUGCAACAGACCUGCGACGAAGCCCGUCUUUUGGUUCGCGCACUCUGCCACCACUGCGGUAUCGACACCGUUCGCAGUCACUUGCGACUCGUUCCCGUAGCUGUGCAGCCUUUCCUCGUUCGCCUUGUGGACGCGUUGGCUCGUCAGGACACAGACUGGGAGCGGAUUCCACUUAUCGCGCCUGCAACUCCAUUAGAAGCGCUUCCGUCAUCUGGAACAGCAGCACCACGCAGUGAAGCAUCGCCACCACCACCAACCAGUGCACCUACGCUGCAAACUCAACAGAUACGUGAACGUCUGGCUCGUUUGCGCGCGCACCGCCAGCGCAACGCGUAA